AUGUCUGUCUCCGUAGCCACCACCGCUUUUCAAGACCAAAAACCAGGUACUUCUGGUCUUAGAAAAAAGGUUGUUGUGUUCCAGCAACCCAAUUACACAGAGAACUUCAUCCAGGCCAUCCUAGAAGCCAUCCCCGAAGGUGUCGAGGGUUCUACCUUGGUUGUUGGAGGUGAUGGCCGUUACUACAAUGAUCAGGUGAUUCAGCUCAUUGUGCAGAUUGCAGCUGCCAACGGGGUCAAGAAAUUGAUCAUUGGUAAGGAUGGUUUGCUUUCUACUCCUGCCACCUCGCACGUCAUUAGAAUCAGAGAGGCUACUGGUGGUAUCAUCUUGACUGCAUCUCACAACCCUGGUGGUCCAAAGAACGAUUUGGGUAUCAAGUACAACUUGGCCAACGGUGGCCCUGCCCCUGAGUCUGUCACCAACAAGAUCUACGACAUCUCUAAGACCCUCACAGAGUACAAGAUCCAAAAGUUGGACCCUGUAGACCUUUCCAAGGUGGGCACUGUCAAGGCUGGUUCCAUUGAGGUCGAGAUCAUCGACUCCACCGAAGAUUACGUGACUCUCAUGAAGGAAAUCUUCGACUUCCCAUUGAUCAAAUCGUUCAUCUCCAAAGACCCAGACUUCCAGGUCUUGUUCGACGCCUUGAACGGUAUCACCGGUCCUUAUGGCCGUAAGAUCUUCGUUGAGGAAUUGGGCUUGUCUGAAGACUCCAUCCAAAACUGCGUCCCACAGCCAGAUUUUGGUGGUUUGCACCCAGACCCCAACUUGACCUAUGCCAAGACUUUGGUGGACAAGGUUGAUGCUCACAACAUCGCAUUCGGCGCUGCUUCUGAUGGUGAUGGUGACAGAAACAUGAUUUAUGGUGCUGGCGCUUUCGUGUCUCCUGGUGACUCCGUUGCCAUCAUUGCUGAGUAUGCCGAAUACAUCCCAUACUUCAAGAAACAAGGUGUUUACGGUUUGGCCAGAUCCAUGCCAACUUCGGGCGCAUUGGACUUGGUUGCUAAGCAUCAGAACUUGAACGUCUACGAAGUGCCAACAGGAUGGAAGUUCUUCUGCAAUUUGUUUGACGCUAAGAAGUUAUCUAUCUGUGGUGAAGAGUCCUUCGGAACUGGUUCCAACCAUAUUAGAGAAAAGGACGGAUUGUGGGCCAUCUGCGCCUGGUUGAACGUUUUGGCAGGCUUCAGCUUGCAAUUCCCAGAAGAAAAAGCCUCCAUCAAGAACGUCCAAGAGAAAUUCUGGGAAAAGUACGGCCGUACCUUUUUCACCAGAUACGACUAUGAAGAAGUCUCUAGUGAGGGUGCUGGUGAGUUGAUGGCUGAAUUGGCCAAGAUUGUGGAAACUUCUUCUGAAGGAACUCAAUUGGCUCCAGGAUACAUUGUCAAGGAGGCUGCCAAUUUCUCAUACACCGACUUGGACGGAUCUGUUUCCAAUAACCAAGGCUUGUUCAUCAAGUUCACCAAUGGCUUGAGAUUUGUCGUCAGAUUAUCCGGAACUGGUUCCUCUGGUGCUACUGUAAGAUUGUACUUGGAGAAGCACUCCUCUGAUGCAUCUACUUAUGGUGUUUCUGUUGACCAAUACUUGGCUGACGACGUUAGAUUCGUUUUGGAGUUGUUGCACUUCAAGCAACACUUGAACAAAGAGGAGCCAGAUGUGCGCACCUAA